AUGGAAGCGAAGAAAUUGGAUACGAAGUUGAAACAAUUAAAGCUUACUGUAGAUCGAACAGGUACGAUUGUCGAAUCGAAUCAACAAGAUGCAAUCGAGAGACAUUGUGCUACUAUCAAAUCUAUAACAAAUAGCAUAAACGAAAUGCGAGUAGCUGUCGAAGAGAUUAAAAUACAAGCCGAGACAGACAUUACGGAAAUUACAACUUGGAACACGGAAAUCGACAAUAAACUAGCGGAGUCGGAUAAAGUCGUCGAAGAACUGAGAACAUGGCUUGAUCAGCGUCGAAAGGAGAAGGAUAACGUAGCGAGAGACGAACAAAUUCAAUUUGAAACAAUGCUUUUCAAAACAAGAAUGGAAUUCGAGACGAAGUUAGCAAGUGCGAAAGUGGAAACACUGACAAUAAAUAAAGAGGGGAAUUUGCAAGGUGAGUCGCAACAAAGUACAUUAGCUAAACUACCGAAGUUAGUUAUUUCAAAAUUUGGUGGAGAUUUUCAAGAUUGGCAAAGGUUCUGGGGACAGUUUACAGAAACAGUCGAUAAAACUAAUAUGCCCCCCAUCACGAAAUUUACCUUCCUCUGUGAGUUGCUUAACCCCAAAAUAAAGCAUGUUACUGAUUCAUUACCCUUACUACAGAGGGCUACAACAGGGCAAAAUCUAUCCUGAAAGAUCGCUAUGGGAAAGAAUCGGAAAUUAUUAAGUCGUAUGUCAAGGAUAUAAUGGAUUUGCCAUAUAUUCACGGUGCAAACCCCAAGAAAAUUCGAGAUUUUAGUGAGCGUCUUAACCAUUGUGUGCAAGCACUGCAAACAAUGAACAGACUGAGUCAGGUUAACGGCAACGUCGCGAUGACGUUGGACAAACUCCCCGGGAUUAGGGGGGAUCUUGUUCGAACAGACCCUGACUGGGAGAGGUGGACCUUUGUCCAGUUAUCAGAGGCAGUUCGCCAGUGGGUCAAGAGGAACCCCGUGGACCAAAGUCGUACAGAUCGAGAUAAAGAUCGACAAAUCAAAUCCUUUCAUGCGAAGUCACGUGAAUGCGUUUAUUGCGGUGACGUAACUCAUAAAGCAGGGAACUGCACCAAGAUUACUAGUGUGACAGAACGGAAACAAAUUCUAGCAAGAAAACGAUUAUGCUUCAAUUGUGCGAUUGGAACCCAUCGUGCAGCUGAGUGUUCCAGCAAGGGAUCCUGUCAAAAUUGUGGAAAACGACACCACACUUCCAUCUGUGAUACAUCAAAAGUCGAAGGAAAGGAGCAAGUUAUGACUACAAACCAGUCGAGCGAAAGCGUGUUGCCAGUUAUUGUUAUCAAGGUGAACGGAGUCAAGUGUAGAGCGUUAAUCGAUACAGGAUCUGGGAGCUCAUAUAUUUCAGCGAAACUCGUAGAAGUAGUGAAAGCGAAACCUAUUUCGACACAAACAAGGCAAGUUGAAAUGCUUAUGUCCUCGAAGAGUGUACGCAUGGACAUAUACGAAUUGAACACUGAAUCCGUUGACGGACAGUACCAAAUGCCAGUGAAGUUCAUCAAAGUGAAUAAACCAGAACUUCUCACUGUUGAAAACCCAAAUUACGCUGACCUCAUACGAGACAACGCCCAUCUGUCUGAGGUGAUAAUCGCAGACAAAGACACCAAGAGUCAACUUCCUGUGCAUGUUAUCUUUGGAAGUGGCGAAUACGCACGCAUCAAGACCGAGACGAAACCUUGUGUGAGAAAGGAAGGUGGCCCAGUCGCGGAGCUGACGAAGAUGGGAUGGUUCAUAAUGAGCCCUGGAACAGAGUUCGACCGGAACCGGAUGCUGUUGACGCAAACUUCACAAAGUGAUUACGAAGGUUUAUGUCGAAUGGACAUUCUUGGACUUGCUGAUGCAGCUGAGAAUGACCAAACUAUCGUGCAUGCUGAGUUCAAGGAGCAACUUCACCGUGACAAAGAAGGCUGGUACGAGACAGGGUUACCUUGGCGAGCUAACCAUCCAGAUUUGCCGAAUAACGAACAUGGAAGUCUACAUCGAUUGAGCAAGCUAGAGAAAAGUUUACAGCGAAAGGACUUAACGGUAGCGUAUAACGAAGUUAUUGAGAGUCAAGUAAAAGAAAAUAUCGUUGAGAAAGCUCCUGUCAAAGCCUCGGGUCAAGAGUUCUAUAUUCCGCACAAACCGGUUGUGCGAGAAGCGGCAUCAUCGACAAAGUUACGAGUCGUUUAUGACGCGUCAGCACGUGCGUCUCCUGAUUCCCCAUCCCUCAACGAAUGCCUUAACCCCGGACCCCCACUUCUCAAUCGACUAUGGGAUGUUCUAGUCCGACAACGCGUUUAUCCAGUUGCAGUAACCGGAGACAUUCGCCAAGCAUUCUUACAAAUACGUGUACGAGAAACCGAACGAGAUGCCCUAAGAUUCCAUUGGCGGUCGGGUGAAGAAGCUGAAAUCGAGACAUACCGUUUUACGCGGGUUCUGUUUGGUCUUGCCCCUUCUCCGUUUCUCCUCAACGGUGUUCUAGAAGCUCAUCUUGACACAUGGGAAUGGAGAUGUCCUGAAGUCGUAGCUGAGCUGAGAAAGAGUCUAUAUGUCGAUGACCUUCUGUCAGGUGGACAAACAACCGAGCAAGCACAACACACGAAGGAAAUGGCCAGUGAGAUACUUCAAGACGCCACAUUCCAACUACACAAGUGGAAUUCCAAUGUUCCUGAACUGGAAGACAAGACCACAACACAAGCAGAAGACGAGCAGACCUACGCGAAGCAACAAUUGAAUGUAAACCAACAAGAUUCAAAGAUACUCGGGCUGAAAUGGAAUAAGCAACAGGACAUUUUGAGUGUAGUAGUCCCCAAAGAAGAGGUUCAACCGACAAAACGUGGAGUACUCGGAAAGCUAGCCAGGAUCUACGACCCUCUAGGACUUAUCGCACCAGUGACACUCGAAGGUAAACAAAUCUACCGAGAAGUCUGUGAAUCUCAAAAGGCGUGGGAUACCCCAUUAAACGAGAACCUUCAACAACGUUGGAAAAAAUGGGAGGAAGAAACGCUUGGGGAAUAUUCAGUACCAAGAUCAAUCACUCGUCAUCAGGAAGAAAUCGAAGCUGUAGAGCUACAUGCAUUUAGUGAUGCCUCUAUGAAAGGAGUUGGAGCGGCUGUUUAUUCGGUGGUUCAUCAACCUUCUGGAACCACUCAACAACUUGUAGCAGCGAAAGGUCGUCUUGCCAAGAAAACCUUAACAAUACCUAGGCUUGAACUGGUUGGCGCGCACAUGGCUACUAACCUGCUUAUCAAUGUACGAAACGCCCUUGAUAAUAUCCCAACACCACAACUAUUCGGGUGGAUUGACAGUACAGUUGCCCUACAUUGGCUCAAAGGGAACGGUCAGUAUAAACAAUUCGUGGCGAACAGAGUGGCCAAGAUACAGUUACACAAAGAGAUCCAUUGGAGAUAUGUGCCCACAAGUGAUAACCCCGCUGACCUGGCAAGCAGGGGUGGUCAAAUCAAACAGAAAGCGCUUUGGGAGAAUGGUCCAAAAUGGCUUCAAGACGAGAGUGAGUGGCCAGAAAAUUUGGUGACGAAAGCUUCGCCAUCCUCAGAGACGGAAGCAAGAGCAACAAAGGAACUAUUAAAUGUCGUAAAUGUCAAGGACGAUGCCGACGAAUUCGAUCGAUUACUGGAACGCUUAAACUUAAGACGAGCCUGUAGAGUUGGGGUGUGGAUCAAGAGGUUCAUACACAACUGCAGAAAUAACGACAAAAGGUCCGGACCAAUUACGACGGAAGAAGUAAUCAGAGAACGCGAUUGGUGGAUUCGGCGUGUUCAACAACGAGUACAGAAAGAACCACACUAUCCAAAGUUGGUGGAAGAGUUAGGAUUACGUACUAAUGCAGAUAAUAUACUGGUAUGUCACGGGAGAAUUCAAGGAAAAUAUCCAAUAUUCCUUCCAAGAGGCGCGAAGUUUACAGAGAAGUUAGUACAACGAGUACACAGUGAAACGCUCCACGGGGGAGUAAACUUAACUAUGGCUGCAGUUAGAGAGCAAUUCUGGGUACCUCGGUUGCGAAGCUUAGUCAAAAUCGUUCGUAGCAACUGUUAUGGGUGCAAGAGAUUCCGCGCGUCAGCGAUCACUAAACCGGUACCAGGUCAACUACCAGAAGAACGCACCACGGUCGGAGGAGCCUUUGAAGUCAUCGGUACAGAUUUUGCUGGUCCUAUCAGAUAUAAGCAGAAAGGCAACAAGGAAGGAAAGGCAUAUUUGGCUAUUUUCGCGUGUAGCCUUUCUCGAGCUGUGCAUCUAGAGUUAUUACCAAAUAUGGAAACGGAAACGUUCAUACCAUGUCUUAAGCGAUUUAUCGCGCGUCGUGGAAGACCACGUAUCAUUUACUCGGACAAUGGUGGAACAUUUAUUAAAGCCGCAAAAUGGAUUUCACAGCUACGGAAGGAUGAACGACUUCGAGGUCUUCUAGAACGGUACGAGAUAACAUGGAGGUUCAAUUUAAGUCGUGCCCCAUGGUGGGGCGGGCAGUUUGAGAGGCUUAUUGCAAUUGUUAAGUCCGCCAUGUACAAAGUAAUUGGGAAUGGUGUUCUUACUUGGACGGAGCUUAGUGAAGUAUUGUUGGAUGUCGAAACGCAAAUUAAUCGUCGACCGCUCAGCUAUGUUGAAGAUGAUCUAGAGUUGCCAACUUUGACACCAGAAACAUUCCUAUAUCAGCGCACGUCUCAUUUGCCAGAACAGCAGACUUGGACAAUAGCAGAACAAGAUAUUCGGAAACGAGCGAAAUUUCUUAAAUCGUGCAAGGAUGGGUUGUGGCGUAGAUGGCAAAGAGAAUAUCUGACUGCACUAAGGGAAAGACACAAUCUAACGCAUAAAGUGAGCAAAUUUCGACCGACGGAAGGCGAUGUAGUUAUCGUGAAAGCAGAUUCCAAGAAUCGAGGAACUUGGCCCCUAGCAGUGGUUACUAAAACAUUCGUUGGUAAAGACGGAGUUAUUCGAGGCGUUCAGCUCAAGACUGGAAAGGGAACAAUAGAAAGGCCAGUCCAAUUGUUAUAUCCACUUGAGUUAGCUUGUGAUGCCAAGCCGAUCGCGAACGGAGUGAGUCUAAACCCAAGAGCAACAGAAUUCCGACCCAAGCGAGCCGCAGCAGCUACAGCAAACGCCCGGAUUAGACAAAUCCAAGAGAUAGAAGAAGAAGACGAGAUAUAAACACUUAACAUUAAUCAUUAACAAGAGUAGUGGACUCUUAUUAACGUUGACAUUAUUAGCUAUUAGUAAUAUUAAGGUUAUAUACCGAACUUUAUUAGAUCAUAGAACAACGGACAGUUAUAACAUAUGCAUCUAGUCUAGAAUGCAUAUGGGGGGAGUGUGAUGGAAACACUUGCAUGGAAACACCCACCCUAAAAUCGGGUUGGGGAAAUUUUGGCGGGAAGCACAUGUGUUGUUGUUGUGAGGAGUCGAAGCGAGUGACUCAGUAUCGGGAUUUAUAUGAGAUUUAUUAUGUAUUAAACUUUACAGUAUUAUUAUUUUUGUGGGAAAUUAUUUACGGAGGCUGUUGAGAGUAAUUUUCUACAUUGUUAAUAAUUUUUUAUUUUGUUGUGCGUUUUUUCCUAUUUCAAAUACAAGUAUACUUAGCAUAAAUUUUAGAGCAAAUUUAAAUGCUCAGAAUGCAGGAAAUGGCAUUUCAGGGCUUCAAAUUUCAAAAAUUUUCUGGGGAAAUAUGCCCCCAGACCACGUGGCCGUCAGCCAUUCCUAUCCUCCUCUAAUAUAUUAUCUCACAGAAAGGUCCCCUCCCCCCUCACACGGGAAAAUCUUUAAAAAAGGCCCGGACCAGUAUACCAAAAAAACUAUUAAUGUCUGUUUACAUAUUAAAUUUAUACUUCUGACAACACCACAUGUUGUUCGAUCACCAGCGCCGUAGCAACCGGGGGGAGGGGCUGCAGCCCCCACAACAAUUUGCUAAUAAUUAUUCAUUUUUCAAAAUCAUGCAGACCUUUAUCAUUUAAUCCAUGACAAACUGCAAAGAAUGAAGAUAUUACCCAUACUUUCCUGCAACUUAUCCAAUAUAAAGUUUAGUACUACAGAAUUGUAAAUUUCGCUGUUUUCUGACCAUCAGAAUUCUGUCAAAUCUUCCCCAAAGUCCAGGAAAUAAUGGCAUUUCAGAGAAUCUGAAUUUAAAAAUUUCCUCGGGUCUUCGGUCCUCGCUUUCAGCCCCCCCCCCCAAUCGAAAAGAGCUUCCUACGGCCCUGAUCACACAUGCAAUAGUGUAAUCGGGCACAAAUUAAACAGUAUAUAUCAAUUUAUCAUCAAAUCCACAGCAAUCAGAUGGACAAAAAAAUUGUUUGCAGAAGGAAGCAGGCGCAAAAAAAUUGUUUGCAACGACAACAGCACCAAAAAAAAUUGUUUGCGUUGACAAAAUGUCCAUCCCCCCCCCUCCAAAAAAAUAAUGGUCCGUCCCUUAUGGAAUUGCUAUGUAAAGCUAUAUAUAGAUUGUGUUAAACGUGGUUAAAAAUAUUUUGACGUUGUUGUUUCUGAUGACAUUUGCCGACUCUCAACUUUUUACUCUCGAUCGACUCUCGACUUUUUACUCUCGACUCUCGACUUUUUACUCUCGACUCGCGACUUUUCUCUCGACUCUCGAUUUUUACUCUCGACUCUCGACUUUUACUCUCGACUCUCGACUUUUACUCUCGACUCUCGACUUUUAGAUACACUCAAAAAUACCAUUAUGCACUUGUCACUGGGAAGCCCCACACUCCCACCAUACAUGGGGCAUUAGACUGUAAGCGAAAACAAUCUGCAAAAAUGCCCCAUAACAUGUACAUAACAUGGGGACUAACAUAAAGUCUAACCCCGUCUAAACUCAUACUGAGCACUUUUCAAUAGCGUAAUAUUCAAUAGCAUUUAUUGACAAAUCAUAAAAAUAACAAUGUUCAUAUAAAAAUGAAUCAAGAGAACGUUUUUCUUCAACUGUUUUAAAACAGAAAUUAAACGACCAAACUUUUACACAUGCAAAUGAUAUAGUUUGAGAUAUAUAUAAAUACCAGAACAAGGAGGCAACAUUUAAAUGCAUUUACAUAACAAUAAAAGCCUUCAAGUUGACCUUCAAAAUUCGCCAUUUUGAAAUGCGGUCGCGAAUUCGGUACCAGCCUCCUGCUUGAGAAGAUUUGCUAAAAUGUAAAAAUCCCCCACCUCCUGGGGCAAGAAAAAGGAUCAAAUCCCCGUCUAAUCCCCAUCAAGUCCCCUUCCCAGUGAUAAGUGCAUUAGUACAUUACUAGGAGUUGCAAGAGAUCAAAGGCAACAUGCACAAUUUGCUGAAUAUGAUCCCGCUUUGCCAGGACGAGAUGUGAGGAGGGAUUAUUUUUAUGUAUUGAAAUAAAAUACGGUGGACGAUUCAGCAAAAAACUACGUUAUCUUCUAAAGAUAGAUUAGAUUUAACUGUAAACGAAAGGUUGUUGAAGCUUUAGUUUAGCCUAUAGUCAGCCUAGACCUAGGCCUUCUAUUUUUAUUUAUAUUUUUUUUAAGAUUCAGCGCUUUUUCACAUGAAAAGACUGGGACCAGGUGAUUUGGGGGCGGGGCGGAGGAAGGACACAAGCCUGACGCAAUUCCUCCGCCCCGCCCCCAAACCACCUAGUCCCAGUCUUUUCAUGUGAAAAAGCGCUGAAUAUUAAAAACAUAUAAAUAAGACUAGAAGGCCUAGGUCUAGGCUGGCCUAUAGCGACAUAUUUCAAUACAUCAAAAUCUUCCCGCAUUCCAACAUCUAAACAGCCCCUAAGACGCCUGUUCAGGACGCAGGAAAAGUACAAUUUGAAUAUAUUGUAUUGGGUUGUAGUAAAGUUGUAGACAAUAAUCUCUGCGAUCGCCUUUUGAACGAUGUUUUUUACGUUUUGUUAGAGCAUGCGCAUAAGAGCUAAUAUGGCGUGCGAAGGAAAACAGUGUUUUACCACUAAUUACUAUUUUGUAAUUUUCCGUAUAUUUUAUAAUUAAAGUGAGUUGAAACCUGUUUUUCGCCUCAUUUACUGGCAAUCCCAGUACAGUAAAACACUAACGUUCGCUGUGGCAUUCCAGAAUUGUGAAGAAGCCUAAAUACAAAGGAGGUUUGCAGCCCAAAACUUGUGUAUUGCUUGAAGACAAAUCCAGGAAUCAGCCAUGAAUGUUGAAGAUAAAAAACAAGAAAGAAGCAAGGCUAAAAUGGCGGUCACUGUCGCUGCGAGGCGUCUGAUCGGAGCCUACAACAGAGAUUGUGAAUAUGAUAUUUUAAAGGAUUCAAUGUUCGAACUUGAAAAGGUAUUUGAUGAUUUUUGCGUUAUAAAUGAGGAAUACGAACUCAUUGUAUCUGACGAAAAAUACGCUGAACACCGUGUAGUUAAUGGUGAAGACAUUAUGACUUACAGAGACAAUGUAAAAAGGUGCUAUGAAGAAGCUAGGAGUGUAUUUGUUAGUGUAAAGACAAUAAUCGAACAAAAAGCUAGACGACAAAGUGCUGGGCCUGUCAAAGUUGCCCUAAAGAAUGACAUUUGUAGAAUUCAUGAACUAAUCACAGUCGUUGAUGAGAGUUUCAAACUGGAAAAUGUGAAUAUGGCAGCUUUACAACUAGAUAAAAAUGAUCUACAGUCAAUUUUGAACAUAAUAUGUGAUAACAUGGCAAAACUUGGCUCGAUUGAAACACAAGAGCAAGUUAACCUAAUCCAAGAAGAAGUCGAUGCUAUUAUCAGAGCAGUUUACAAUUGCAUCAGAAAGAUAAACUUGUUUUCGCAUGAGCAACAAGCAUUUGUUAAAUCAUUACACAUUGAAAAUGCCACUUUCCCCUCUGAAACCAACAUCCCCCCUGAGGAUACUGAGACCAUCAACACCAUGUCUCCCCCCGAAAUCAACACCAACACCCCCUGA